UGUCCGCUUGUAAACAAAAGCGUCCGUCACAUCAAAUAGUUGCUUCCAGUCAAGCGGUGUCAUGAGAUAUGAUUUCAAUUCCACAUUUCCAGUUGAAAUGAACGCAAACCCCACAAAUCGGCCACAGGAAACGGAACCGUGUUUGGCCGCUGUCCGUGUUCACGCACGGACAUUUGUUACAGACGGACGCGAUGUUGGUCCACGGGGAGAAAGAAGCGACAGAGGGGCGCCUUUGGCCGGCGACCGGUUCAGGGUGGACCCCGCCUCCUGCCCGCAGUCAGCUGGGAUUGGCGCCGGCGUGCCCGCGACCCGUGUCAGGAGAAGCGGCACGGGAAAAAUGGACGGAUGAUGUUGUUCCUUCAAAGAUGGGGCACCCCCCAAACUGGUCAGCAGCCAAUUGCAGGGCACACGAAGAACCAUUUGGACUGGCAUUCAAACCUUUGGGCAAUUUGGAGUCUUCAGUCAACCUACCCUGCCGAACCGGAGCGCCUGGAGGAAAAACCUCGCGGCGGCCACGGGGGGCAUACGAAAAGCCACUUGAAGCGAAAAGGGGACCCUCCCUCCCUCGCUCGCAACAUUCGGCAGGCCUGGCAAAAGAAAGUUCCGUGGGAAUUUGGCAGAGUCGAGCGCGGAUGCUCGACAGCGCCGUUGAUGAUGCGCCGCCGGAGCAAGACGAAGAGCUGAAGAACGCCACCGGGAGCCGCGGCCCCGGAAAACGUCCCUUGUCCGUGCGGCGGUUCCGCGUCCCGAUUCUCGACUUUCUUCGGAAUGCACAACGCGGACUGAUGGAGGUUUCGGAAGUGUGCAUCCCCGACCCCGACCCGCUCUGCUAUCAUAACCAGCUGCUAAGUCGAAUGCCCUCGGAAGAGCGCCACCUGUCGUCCAGCUGCGAAUCUUACGUGAAAACCGAGCCCUCCAGCCCCACCUCGUCGCUAGUGGACACGGGCAGCCGCCGCAGCCCCGGCGCCAACUCCGACGCCAGCGGCGGGUACGUCAACGCGGGAGCGCGAUCGCGCGGCCUGGACUCGCCGCCCAUGUUCAACCCGGGCGCGCACGGGAUGGGAGGAGGCGGGGCCUGUCUGCGGCGCUACGACCAGCGCUCCGGAGGCCUGGCCGACGAGUCGGGCGUCAAGUGCGAGUACAUGCUGAACGCCAUCCCCAAGAGGUUGUGCCUGGUGUGCGGCGACGUGGCGUCGGGUUACCACUACGGCGUGGCGUCCUGCGAGGCCUGCAAAGCCUUCUUCAAGCGCACCAUACAAGGCAACAUCGAGUACAGCUGCCCGGCCACCAACGAGUGCGAGAUCACCAAACGGAGACGCAAGUCGUGCCAGGCGUGUCGCUUCAUGAAGUGUCUGAAAGUGGGCAUGCUCAAAGAAGGUGUCCGUUUGGACAGGGUGAGAGGAGGCCGUCAGAAGUACAAACGGAGGAUGGACGUUGAAAAUGGCGCCUACCUGGGUCUCGGCAUCCCGCCGCCGGCUAAAAAGCCUCUGACCAAAAUCGUGUCGCAUCUGCUGCUGGUGGAGCCCGAGAAGAUCUACGCCAUGCCCGACCCCAGCGUGCCCGACGGCGACAUCAAGGCCUUGACCACGCUGUGCGACCUGGCCGACCGCGAGCUCGUGGUCAUCAUCGGUUGGGCCAAACAUAUCCCAGGCUUCUCGGCGCUGUCGCUGGCCGACCAGAUGAGCCUCCUGCAGAGCGCCUGGAUGGAGAUUCUGGUUCUGAGCGUGGCGUUCCGCUCGCUGGCCUGCGAGGACGAGCUGGUGUACGCCGAGGACUACGCGCUGGACGAGGGGCGGGCCAGGAUCUCGGGCCUGCUGGAGCUGCACGUGGCCAUCUUGCCCCUGGUGCGUCGUUUCAAGAAGCUCCGCGUGGACAAGGAGGAGUUUGUCACGCUCAAGGCCAUCGCGCUCGCCAACUCGGACUCCAUGCACAUCGAGAACAUCGAGGCGGUCCAGAGGCUCCAGGACUCCCUCCACGAGGCCCUGCAGGACUUUGAGGGCUGCCAGCACCCCGAGGACCCCCGGCGGGCGGGCAAGCUGCUCAUGACGCUGCCCCUCCUGCGCCAGAGCGCCACCAAGGCGGUGCAGCACUUCUACAGCGUCAAGAUGCAAGGGAAGGUGCCCAUGCACAAACUCUUCCUGGAGAUGCUGGAGGCCAAAGCCUAACGCCUUGCAAAUGUGUGUGCGUGCGUGCGUGCGUGCGCGCGUGUCAACGUGUGAUGCCGAAGCUCGGAAAGAGACCUUGAAGAACAUCGGCGGGAUUCUGGUUCAGCAAUAGGAUGACGGAGAUCAAGAUGGACAGAAAUGAGGCGCGGUCGCACGCAUCAGCUCAGCUUCUGUGGAUUUUCUUACCCCCCCCCACCCCCCCCCCCAUACAAAUUUUGAUCUCAAAUCUCUUCACAAGCUCCGUAGCCACCUUUGAUUUUUCUUGCUUUGCUUUUCUGUUUUCCUCAUCUCAGCAAGACGGCGGCAGACUGGAUCACACUUGUUGUAUAUUGGCCGGAAAUCGGACCGACUGUGUGACGGAUUCAUCCGGAAAGUAUUCACGGCGCUUCCGUUUUUUUUAGUCUUGUCCUAAAAUGAAAUCCAUUUUUCCGUUCCUCUCGCUUGCAAAUUCCACUGACAACACGCCACCGUGGCAGAGGCGGCAAUAAUGCUGGCACUCUCGUUCCGGGGAAGUUAGCACAGGUACUCGUCAAAGAAGUACUCAGUAAGUACAGCCUGAGAUGCACUUACUGUCAGUACAAAAGAAAAAAAAAAAAAGAUAUAUUUUUAUUGUCUUGUAUUUAUGAUGCACCUUUUGGUAACGUGACAAGAGCGUCUCUGUACAAAAAAAAAAAUCGAGUUUUAGACUGAGGAAAAAAAGAUCCCGUCGUGGUGGUGGAGUGUUGUCGGCAGAAUUUGUCAUUUUCGAAGUUUUGAACUGAAUUCGUGAGUGGUGACAAAAUGUGGCGGCGCCGGUGAAUGUGCCGGCCAGCGAGCCCCAGAACGGCUCAUGUGACCUGAUCCGUCUGCAAUAAACACGCUUGGA